AUGGGUAGCCUUCGCUAUACGCUAUUUCAUGCUCACCAGAAUCUCUCCUUAUUCUCUGCUACAUUCCUUACAUCAGUGUUCGCAUUGACUACAGUUCCUUCAUUUAUUCCUUUUACGCUUCACCUCUCGAUCCUAUUAUUUUCUGCCCACCUGCUCACCUCCCAUUCUGCCAAAACUCGUAUUUUUGUGCUCUGGUUUGCCCUAUCUUUGGUCAAAUCUUUCCACUGGUUUAAACCUUCUCUAAACGCUCUUUCAACACCUUUCACCUCUCUUUUAGUACUCUUUAGUCACGGGGCUAUCACUAGCUUCAUAACUCUGCUGUUGGUCAUCGUAUACGCUCGAUCUCGAACACGACUAUGGAUGUACUCAUCCUGGACCCAAAUUAUGCUAUUUCCAGCCAUAUGGGCUACAGCUUGGUAUGCAUUAGCACAUAUGAGCCCCGUGGGGGAUCUCACAUCUUGGAGCCCCGUUUCUGGAUCCCCAGCAUAUGAUUGGCUUAUGCCCGUUUUCGGUAGCCCGAUCAAGGACUGGUUGGUCGCUGCGUGGGCAGUGGUGUUUUCGCAACUGGGAGAGAUGUGGUAUAUGGGUGAGGAAUCACCGGAGGAGGCUCGGUUCAAGGGAACCUUGACUUUUGGAGCAGUGCUGCUAGCACUUACAGCGCCAUCUUAUAUCUGGCAUGGGUCAGACUUGGCACUACCCCGACCUAUCAUCGCAAGUGACUCGACGCCACUUACCGUUGGGUGUGUCCUUCCACCGCGUGCUAAAUCAAAGCAAAAUCACCUUCAACUCACUUUCGAAGAUUUCCUUAUCGAAAGCAGAACCAUGAACACUGCUAAUAUACUUCUCUGGCCGGAAGGCGCAGUAAGCUUCACGGAUGAAGAUGAAAGAAAGAAUGCAUUGGAAACGGUCAGGAGCAUGAUCACUAGCCCAAACCAACGUGUAGGCGUGUCAUUCGAAGAGUCUUAUCGAGACCUCGCUGAUCCCACUGGACGCGGACAUCCGUUGAGACGCACGGGUCUGGCUCUAGUGUCAAAAAGCAAUGUAACUGAAAUGUUGUAUUUUAAGAGGAAUCUGGUUCCGAUCGCGGAAUCAUUUCGACUACAGAAAUCGGACAACCCUCCGCCUCUCUUUACUUUUGAUCUCAAGUUGCCCAAAUGGGCUUCCGGUCCUGCUAUUAGACCGAUUUCUGUGACAGCGUCUAUCUGUCUGGAUUUCGCGAUGCCCGACCCAUUCGCUGAUCUCCCUUCAACCUCGAGUUCCGAAAAGCCUCAGCUAAUUCUUGGUCCCGCUCGUACGUGGGAUUUGGCUGUUGGGGAUGCAAUGUGGGAGCAAGCAAAGCAACGAGCUAAAGAGCUAGAUACAAUGGUACUAUGGUGUGAUGGCGGAGAGGGAGGAGUUAGCGGGGUUGCAGGACAAGGGAUGGAUGGAGUGAUGCAGGUUGGAGAAGGUUCAUGGAUCCGCACGGUCGGGAUCAAGAACCCUCCUGAUAGUCACAAAACGUUCUAUGCGACGAUCAAAGGGUCCGGGGCUACAAUAGGCUUUAUAUGGCUUCUCGUAGCUGGUGGUUCCGGCUGGAGAAUGCUUGAAGUUCUUGCAUCAGGGUUCGGAAUUUUGCCGCUGAAUUUGCGAGACGUGUUUCUGCGCUGGAAAGAAUAUCGACGAACGCAAGCACUUUCUCAUGAUCAAGAAGCUAAUUUGCUGACUUUUGACGAUUGA